AUGGUCGGCGACUACGGGUACCGCCCGGAAGGCGACGAGUGCGUUGCCAACACCGACGGCCUGCUCGGCACCGCCCUCACCGUCAUGGUCUUCUUCUCCAUCUUUGUCCAGAUGUCCGAGGGGUUGCACUUCGGUAUCGUCCCGUACGUCUCGCGCCCGGCCCUUGGCGUCGUCUCGGGCAUGGUCGGCGCGGGCGGCAACCUGGGCGCCGUGAUUGGCACGCGUGGCAUCAUCGCCCCCGACGUCGACGUCGACGCGGGAUUCAUCAUGCUCGGAGCGGUCAUCAUGGCCACCUCGGUCCUGUUCUUCGGGAUUUACUUCCCUGAGCACGGCGGCAUGCUGUUCAAAAAGGGCGCCCUCGGCUCGUACGACCCGCAGCUGUACAAGCCCGACGACGCAGACCGCGGCUCCGACCAGAUGGACUACUCCGCCGCGGCCCCAGCGCAGAAAACGAACCGCGCGCCGGCAAAGUGCUCCGACGAGCACCACAUCGCGUGGAUGAACGUGUGCGGCGACAGCGGCGCCUGCGUGCCGGAGAAGCACGCCGCAAAGAUGGCGUCCAUCUCGCAGCCGAGGCACGGCUUGAGGGGGCCGUCGCCGCCGCUGUCGCUCUGCGCCUGCCGCCGCCGCAUCUGGCAGACGUGCCGGUUGUGGCGGUCCGAGAGGAAGAAGCGAGCGACCGGCGGGCAGUGCACGAGGAUCUGGAGGAUGCAAUUCAUGAAGCACGUCUGGCCGAGGUUGUUGAGCCCGCGGAGCCCGAGCAGCGACAGCGGCAACUUGAGCUGCACGCCGCCCUCCGGCAGCGGGGGCGGCGUGGGCAUGAGGACGUCAACAUCCACCCGCUCGAGCGCCAUGAGGGCAGGAACUGGCAGGGCAAACCCCAGUGGUGACAGCCUAGAGCGCGAUCUUCACGCCGAGCGCGCAGGGCGCGACACAUCCAACAAGUGA